GGGGCCUUGUAUCAUCACAAACACUUUUAUCCAAAAGCUAACUUGGUGGGUCGUAGCGCGUACAGGCGGCGCUUGCUGUACUCCUGAUGGCUGCGUCAGGCCCCGUCUCCAGGUCCAUCCAAUCUAAACUGUCCCAGCUGAAGCCCAGCCAUCUGGAGGUCAUCAACGAGUCGUUUAUGCACAACGUGCCAAAAGGAUCGGAGACGCACUUCAAGGUGGUGGUGGUCAGCGAGGCGUUCAGCAGGAAGCCGCCCAUCCAGCGUCACCGCCUGGUGAACGGCCUGCUGCGGGACGAGCUGGCCGCCGGUGUACACGCCCUCUCUAUCGUGGCCAAGACUCCGGAGCAGUGGGCGGCGGCGGAGGGCGGUGUGUCGCCCAGCCCCAAGUGUCUGGGCGGCUUCGGCAAGUAAUGCUCACCGACGGCCGCUGCAGUGUCCGCUGUGCCGGCGAGUAGUGCGCCCGGUGGCACAGUGGCAUCGGCUAGUGC